ACGGAACAGUAUAAAAGAGAAUCGAAAUUGAAGGAACCGUCAGAAAAGAAGCAUCGAUCGAAAAAGGGAUCUUUUGUGGGCGAACGUACGUACUAGAAGGAGAAGCUAAUUAAUUAAGGCAGGAUUAAUGGCCGACAUCCUACCAAUCCUUGUUGCGACUUGGCCGAUCAAACUUCCAGAAAGGGAAUUCGGCACCGGCGGCUGGGGAUCAAUCUUCUAUCACUGGAUUAACGGGGAGGUGAGCCCCUGCUUCGCAAGUUUCGCCGGCGAUUCUCUAGAUGAUUCUUUCUACAGAAAAGAAGAUUCUCACUACAAAGAAAAGUGCAAACGACAAACAUCUCCUCCUCCCAGUUCGGGUGCUGCAAAUGAAGGUACAGAAACUCUGAAAAAUUAAGUAACUGACUGAUAAUUCUGCUUUAAUUUUUGGGUUCCGAUUUUGAGCAUUUUCCCUAGGCCCUAACCCCUAGCUAAUACUAAAUCUUCCGGUGCGUGCAGGUGCAGCUCUUAUCUCCACGGAACCUGCCACCAAUCUAUCUUAUGCCCGAUGGCUGCACUUGCGAUAUAUUCAGGUAUGACCUGUUAGCACCUGAAACACUCUGGCAACUGAAAUUGCAUAUAUAUAUAUAUAUAUAUAUACACAUAAUUUGUG